AUUCCAUUCCAUAAAGGCUCAUCAUCGAGUAUGAAACUACUCUCGUCUCCAAACAGACCUCAACUCCAAAACACGCCACUUGCAUCAUCUUUCUCGAUCUCAUCAGGGCAUGUGCUUUCGUUCCUCCGCGGUUCUCGCAGGAAAAAGAAAAGAAAAAUAAGUACUUUCCGUCCGAAACCCAAACACUCCGUCACUCACGUUUCCAUACAAAAAUUACACACAUACCUCUAUUUCGUCAGAGCACGUCACUGCACGUGCAUCCUCCUCUUUCUCUCUCUAAAACUCCCCCCACUCUCUCUCUAGAACUCUUCUGCUCUGCAACUCUCUCUUCUCCAAUCUCGCGUCUGUUAUAAUCAAUAAAACACAAUAUAUACAAACAGACACACACACCCCUCUUGGCUCGUACUCUUCGCCCCCACCCUCUCUCUCUAUAUCUGUCACUUUCUCUUCUCAAAAUUGAAACAGCGGGGAGAGAGAGAGAGAGACGGGGCUGUGUCGUAUGACGUGAAGAGAGAUGCACGCGUACAAUAGGCUACCGAGCAGUGGACACAACAGCCCGUCGCCGCCGCCGUCGCCGCUCCGGUCGCCUAGGCUCCGCCACAGCCGGUCCAAGCGGUUCACCGCCGGCCCGGCACCGCGAACCCUAGCCCAACGGCUCGCUUGGGUGCUCCUCUCGGUUCUACUCCGCCGGCAGGGUAUUUUCCUAUUCGCGCCACUAUUGUACAUCUCAGGAAUGUUGUUCUACAUGGGAACCGUUUCGUUCGACGUUGUUCCGAUCAUCAUUCACAGUCACGCGCCCGGGUCCCUGUACCGGAGUCCGCAGGUUUACGCGAAGCUGAGGACGGAAAUGGAGGUUGACAAUUCAUCGGCCGAUGCGAUAUCAACUAUAUGGAAACAUUCUUAUAAAGGUGGCGAGUGGAGACCAUGCAUAAAAAAUUCAUCAGGAGGUUUACCUGAGUCAAAUGGAUACAUAUAUAUUGAGGCAAAUGGUGGCUUGAAUCAGCAGAGGACAUCGAUAUGCAAUGCAGUUGCUGUUGCAGGCUAUCUUAAUGCAACACUCGUGAUUCCCAAUUUUCGUAAUCACAGCAUUUGGAGAGAUCCCAGUAAAUUUGGAGACAUUUAUGAUGAAGAGUUUUUUGUUAGCUCCCUUCAAAAUGAUGUAAGGGUGGUUAACAAGGUUCCUGGGUACUUAAUGGAACGAUUUGCCCACAAUAUGAGCAAUGUAUACAACUUCAGGAUAAAAGCAUGGUCACCCAUUCAGUUCUAUAAGGAUACAGUUCUGCCAAGGCUACUUGAAGAAAGGGUCAUAAGGAUUUCUCCUUUUGCAAAUCGAUUGUCAUUUGAUGCUCCUCCAAUUAUUCAGCGACUCAGAUGCUUGGCAAACUAUGAAGCAUUGAAAUUUUCAAAUCAUAUACUAACUUUGGCUGAAUCCUUGGUGGCAAGAAUGAAAGAACUUAGUGCAAAUAAUAGUGGCAAAUAUGUUUCUGUGCAUCUUCGGUUUGAGGAGGAUAUGGUUGCCUUUUCUUGUUGUAUUUUCGAUGGUGGAGAGCAAGAAAAAGAAGACAUGGAGGCUGCAAGAGAGAGAGGUUGGAAAGGGAAGUUCACAAGACCUGGUCGAGUUAUUCGUCCUGGGGCAAUCAGGAUCAAUGGGAAAUGCCCUCUUACACCUUUAGAGGUUGGUUUGAUGCUUAGAGGAAUGGGGUUUGACAAAAGUACAUCCAUCUAUUUAGCAUCUGGAAAGAUAUAUGAUUCUGAGAGAUAUAUGGCUCCGCUAUUUGAAAUGUUUCCCCUUUUACAAACCAAAGAGACUCUGGCAUCUGCUGAGGAACUUGCUCCAUUCAAGAACUAUUCUUCCAGGAUGGCUGCCAUAGACUACACUGUUUGUCUUCACAGUGAAGUAUUUGUGACAACUCAAGGUGGAAACUUCCCCCAGUUUUUGUUGGGCCACAGACGAUACUUGUAUAGUGGACACUCGAAGACUAUUAGGCCUGACAAGCGGAAGUUAGCAUUGUUAUUUGACAAUCCCAAAGUUGGGUGGAAAAGCUUCAAAAGGCAUAUGCUGAAUAUGCGAACUCAUAGUGAUUCAAAAGGAAUUGAGCUCAAAAGACCAAAUGACUCGAUAUAUUCUGUCCCAUGUCCGGAUUGCAUGUGUCGCAUCAACAAAUCAGCAGAUUUAAGAUCUCUGUCAGCGACGUAAUUUGCUUGGAGAAAUACAACUUGACAGGUUUUUGUUCCCAUAGUUUUGUGAGUACAUGUAGCUGCUAACCCUUGUUUUUUUCUCGUGAUUCUUUCAUUUUUUUCCUCAUCCAUUGGCGAGAGGACACAUUUUGUUUGGAGCUUCAAGGAUUUGUUGGAAGACAGAUCAGUUGGAUUAUUUUCCGGGAUUGGGUUGCGGUUGGGGUGUCGCAUCUUUUUGUACAUGAUGCGGGAAAAACACAGGUCUUUCCAACAGAGUUGUCAUAUGGGCGUAAAAUUACAUUCUUUUCAUCUUGUUACUGCUGCUGUAUGUAACGAGCUGUGAAGAAAUACAUCAAAUAUCUUUGCACGCUGGUUUUACCUUGUUUUUAGUUUGUAUAUUAAUUCGAUUCGAUUUGUUACUUUUAGGUUUACAGAAACAGGAUGACCUUCACACAUUAUAAAAAUCAGGGAAUCAAUUUUUUUCUUCU